CAUUCGCUCGUACGCUCCGUCCAAAGCGGACUUAAGUAGUAGAGGCUCGUUUUCGUCGCCGACGUCCUCGUCAUUUGUCGUAGUCGAACCGUAGCAGAUCGGACGGAUCGAGGCCGAAGAGGACGUAGUCGGAGCUACAUCGGGAUAUUAAAGUCGAAAAGCGCGCGUCAACGGGGAGUCCACUCGUGUAAAAUUUCUCGCAAGCGGCAGUGAAGAGCUCACGCACAUCACCUUCCGCUGCAUUGUCCAGUGAGCACUAUCAGGCCGAGAAACCGACGAUUGAACGACACCUAAGUCGAUCGACCGUCGAGCCAAGAAAAACCACCUAAAUUAAUCGCUAUCAGAGAAAGAGGAGUGAUAAAGAAGAUAUGAUGGCAGUCGCAGCCGCUCAGAAGAACCGCGAAAUGUUCGCUAUCAAGAAAUCCUACAGUAUUGAGAACGGGUAUCCAGCGCGACGACGUUCUCUCGUAGACGAUGCCCGUUUUGAGACGCUAGUUGUCAAACAGACGAAGCAAAGCGUACUCGAGGAAGCUCGACAGCGAGCGAAUGACACGAACGCGGAUCAGACAAUUACUUGUACUCAGGAACAACAGGGACAGGGAGAGUAUUACAUCGAUGUUUCAUCAAGUGAUGACGAACAGAUGGAGUCAUUAGUUUGCGCAGCACAGAAGGAAGAAGCGAAAGCGGAGGCUUCAUCAGACAGCGAUGGAAAACCGGAUGACGAUGACGAUGAUGAUGCCGGACUAACCGAGGAGGAAGUAGUGCUCGCGAAAACUAUAGCCGAAUCUCCGGAUAGCGAGCAGAGCGUGCAGAAAGCGGCGCUGGUAUUGAGAUUGCGAGAGGGCAUCGGUUCGCUGGGCAGGAUCCUGAAGACAAUCGAAAAUUUCAAGGGCGCGAUCACCCAUGUUGAGUCACGGCCUUCGAAGAAGGAGGGUCUGCAAUUCGAGGUCUUGGUCAAGAUUGACAUGAGCAGGCAGAGCCUGCUGCAACUGAUUAGAAAUCUACGACAGAGCUCGGCCUUGGACGGCGUGACCCUGCUCGCCGACAAUUCCGUCAGCAUCAAAGAUCCCUGGUUUCCCCGUCACGCCUCCGAUCUCGACAAUUGCAACCACCUGAUGACCAAGUACGAGCCGGAUCUCGACAUGAAUCACCCGGGCUUCGCUGACAAAGAGUACCGCGCCCGUCGCAAGGUCAUUGCCGAAAUCGCUUUCGCUUACAAGUACGGUGAUCCGAUACCCUCCAUUCCUUACACCGAGACGGAGAACGAGACUUGGUCGCGCGUCUUCAACACCGUGCUGGACCUGGUGCCGAAACACGCCUGCGUGGAGUACCAGAGGGUCUUCAAGAAAUUGCAAGAGGAGAGGAUCUUCGAGUCUCACCGCAUACCGCAGUUGCAGGAAGUCAGCGAUUUCUUGAAGAAGAGCACGGGAUUCACUCUUCGACCGGCCGCCGGUCUCCUGACAGCGCGAGACUUCUUGUCCAGCCUUGCCUUCAGAAUAUUCCAGAGCACUCAAUAUGUCCGUCACAUCAACAGUCCGUAUCACACUCCCGAACCAGAUUGCAUUCAUGAGCUUUUGGGUCAUAUGCCGCUUUUGGCCGAUCCCAGUUUCGCUCAAUUUUCGCAAGAAAUCGGAUUGGCGUCUCUCGGCGCUUCGGACGAAGAAAUCGAGAAGCUAUCAACUAUCUACUGGUUCACGGUGGAAUUCGGUCUUUGUAAGGAAGGUCCUGAAGUCAAGGCUUACGGUGCUGGCUUGUUGUCAGCCUACGGUGAACUGUUGCACGCAUUGAGCGAUAAGUGCGAGCAUCGAGCUUUCGAUCCAUCUAUUACCGCUCUUCAGAAGUAUCAAGAUCAAGAAUACCAGCCGAUAUAUUAUGUGGCCGAGAGUUUUGAGGACGCCAAGGAGAAAUUCCGUCGUUGGGUGGCCACUAUGAGUCGGCCAUUCGAGGUCAGGUUCAAUCCGCAUACGCAACGCGUCGAAGUCCUCGACAGUGUUGAUAGACUGGAGGGUAUGCUUUCCCAACUCAAUACCGAGAUGACCCACCUUACGAAUGCCGUCAACAAAAUGAAAGCGAGACAGUUCGCGUAAGAAUGAGAACUUCCGCGUCUUCGGUUAUUCCUUUUGCGGAUCAUCGAACCUCGAAAUCGAUCAUGCACUUAGCCAGUUAAAUGAUCUUUGACAAUAAUUUUCGACAAUCUUCGAAACAAUAACUGAUUAUUAUACUAUUAAAAAAAAAGUUUUUUCUAGUAAUUGUAACAGAGCUUAAUGAGUCUUUUAAUGAUAUAUUUCGAAAGCGUGUUAAUUCAAUCCAGUAAUUUUAAGCAAAUUAUGAGAUAAUUGCGAAAGAUUUGUUUUAAAUAAGGAAAAACGUCUUUAAUUGCAUCGAAGCUUCCAGGUUCGAUGGAGCACAUCAUCUCGUCAUCGAUAUCAUUUUUAUCGCGUGAUUCGUUUCUCAUUUCGUGUAUAAAGUCGUUCAUUUGCGUUGUUAUACGCGUGUACGUGCGCUGAUUAUGCAUAUAAAGAGUGAGUCUUUGAUGCACGCGAACGUCAGUUCAUAUUGCGUAUCUACAGUGUUACGUUCCGUCAAGAUAAUCAUACAGCUUAAUUGAAUAAUGAAUCAUGUUACGAAUUAAUUAAGUAAUUCGUGACAACCCAAUCUCUUGCCCUCGAGUAUUUUUACGAGCGCCAAAUGAGCGGAAAUACAUAUCACAAGGUUAUCUUUGAAUAAAUAGAAUAGCAUUAUCUCUUUUUUUUUAUCAAUAGCCGCGUGUACACGCGUAUGAGAAAUUCUCACAUUACUAUUAUAUUUUAUUAUUAAUUAAUUAUUAAUUAUUAUUUCGUUUUAUUCUAUUAUAUAGUAUUGUAUUAUUAUGUUAGUUAUUAUUAUGUGCAUGAAUUUUGUUUAAUCCAGCAAACACUGGCAUCUGCCCCCGAUAAUUCGUAGUGCAGUCUACAUUUAGCAAAAGUUAUAACGCGAGAUGGUUGUCGCUAUAAGAGUUAUAUCGUAGUCUUGUAGAACUUGUAGAACUCGCGGGAUUGAUUCCUCAUCGCGAUAGAAUUUAAUUGUUGUGCAAACGUGAGCGUACAGUAUUCUCUUCUUUCGUGAAUUAAUUGUUAUACACGGCGGCUGUUUGAAGUCGUUGGGCAGUUCUCCCGGACUGGCCGAUAAGAAGCAAGCGUUUAAGCGAAUGUUUCUUAUUGGCUUGUCGCAACUUAAUUUAGAAUUUACCUGCAUCGAAUUAAACAGUAUUUCAGUAAAGAAUAUGUUUAAGAAUAUGUUAAAGUUGUGUUCUUACUUAGAUAGUCCGCAUCCGGGCGCUGUAUCGCCUCUUGUACGAUCGAACUCUUUGGAGGGCUACAAGUCCCCCAAACAGUUCCGGAAGUUCACGAAGCGAUAUUGCUUUAGAGAGUUUACUAUUUAGCGAGUAGUGCGAGUCCCCGCUUGCGCACGCUAUGCUAUCCCUAUUAUCGCACCGAUCCGUAUGAAAUAUUUUUCUCGUACGUGUACGUGCGCGUAACCCACCCUCGUUAGAUUGUAGUAAAGACGGUCAAUACAAUAUGACAUGUUUCCUUUGUAUUAUAUUGUAAAGUACUCAGAGCAUAAUAAAAAAUUAAGAUAUGAAUCUUA